AAUAGACCAUUAGUUAUAUUUCAAACAAGCUUCAAAGACAUAAUGAGUACUUCAGUUAAAAUAAUACUUGCCAUCAUCGCCACAACGAGUGCUGUUGGCAGUGUCACCAUCACUGAAUGUGAGGAUCAUAAUGCAAUGCCAGCCAGUGUUUCAAUUACAAAUUGUUCCAAAACCGACAGUCUAUGUAAAAUCAAGAAUAAUCAGGAAGUGACCAUAAGCAUGAGUUUUAAUGCCCCUUGCUAUCUGGAAAGAAUCACUCCAGUGUUGAAAGUGAAAAGCAUCUUUGGAGAAGAGAAUAUCCCAGUGGAUUCCGAACAACGCGAUGGAUGCCUGGGAAUAUUGAAUACUUUCUGUCCUUUGGUGAAACAGGAGAAUAUACAAUACAAGGUGUCAAUGAAAUUCAACUUGCUUUCACUGAUUCCACAUAUCAUGACAUUCAAAUUGAUGGACCCUGUAACCAAUUACACUGCACUUUGUUUCAAGACAAAUUUUAUUCCAUUUUCAUGGUAAAAUAAGUGAAAAAUGGCAAAUUAUGUUUUAGACACAUAAAAGAGUUUUUCUCUAAUCCAGUCUGUGAUUUAUUUAUAAGGAUUUCCUUUUAAAUUAUUUUUUUUAUUUUGAGCUAUUGAACUCGAGUGAAAUCGAAGUCAAUAUUUCAAACAAUAUACGAAUUUCAUAAAUUCGAUUAUAUGUAUGUUGUUUUUGUAAAUAAAAGUAUCAAAAUGUA